ACAACACGCAUUUACCAUGGAAAUUAUAGAAUUUUUGCAAACUACACAGCAUAAAAAUUUAAACAAUUUCAUUGGUUUUAAGGUUAAACAAAAACUCCAAGAAUAUGAGGUAGAAUUGGAAGGAAGACGACAAAAGCUAAGAAACAUUUUAGAGUUUGAAAACUGCCAAUUGAAUGAAGAACUUCUUAUGCUGGUUACACAGCGGGUAAAAACUGCAGCUCAACAACGCCUAGAAUGGAUCAAUACAAAGCGUAUGGAACAACACAAGGCCCAAGAAGAGUUAUUGAGAGUUAAGAAGUUGCAAAGAGAUUUAGAAAAUUGUGAAGAAUGGCGUAUUCGACAAACCCAACAACUCUUGGUGGCCACCAAGGAGGCCCAACUAUAUCAGAUUGAGGAAAAGAAACAAAGACGUGCCAGAGAGAAACUCAUCGAACAAAAUUGGCUGGCUGCCAUGGAAUUUGUACGACAGGAGAGAGAGUUCCAACAAAGCUAUGAAGACAAACUACGCAAAGUGAUUGAGGGCACCAAUCAAGAGAGAAAUCUUUGCAUGCAGGAUGCAAAAGUUAUAAAAGAACAAACGGAAUAUGAGAAACUCAAGGCAUUUCAUCACGAAGACAAUAGGCGUGCCUUAACCUUGGAUCAAAAGUAUAAAACAGAUGAAAAAUUACGAGAUGUAUACAAGAAAUUGCAACAAAAACAAUGGUUGAAGUUUCAAAUUGCUGACAAUCAACAGCGUAACAAUUCAAGUGAUCAAAAUUCAUUGCGAGAAUCCAUUAUUUUUAAAGAUCGAGAAGAUUAUCAAAUUUAUACGGAAUUAGAUGGAUCUCAAAGACAUAAGGUGCGCAACAACGAAUGGCAUAAAUUAUACCUGGAACACUGUGCCCGGGAGAAACAACAACGAAAAGAAGCCGAUCUACAGCAUGAACAGAUGUACCUCAACACUGGUUGUGUUCUUCAGCAGAGGCCAAAGAAUCCCUAUGGUAAAAAUUCUAGAUAGUCAUUUUUAAUUUGUUUUACUUCUUUCAUAACCUAAGUGACUGCAAAAGUUAAAAAAUAAUAAAUUAUUAUUUAUAUUUAGCAUAAC